AUGGCAUCUGGUGUUAAAGUUGAUAAUUCUGUAAUCGAAAAAUUUCAUGAUUUUAAAAUUAAAAAAACCACUGGUUAUCUUGUACUUGGUUUCAGUGAUGAUAUAUCAAAAAUUGUUGUAUUAAAUGAAGGUGUUAAUAAAUUCGCACCAAAUGCAACAGCAGCGGAAAAAAAUAAAAAAUGGGCUGAAAUGCUUAAUGCAUUACCUGCUAAUGAUGUACGAUACGCAAUAAUUGAUAUUUUUUAUGAUACAAAAGAAGGUUCACGUACAGAAAUCUUUUUUAUAUCAUGGGCACCAGAUACAGCAGCAAUUAAACGUAAAAUGUUAUGUGCAUCAAGUAAAGAUGCUUUAAAAAAUGCACUUCAAGGUAUUCGCAAUCAUAUUCAAGCAACGUGCAAGGCUGAUCUUGAUUUGGAUGCAAUUAUUAGUGAAAAAACCAAAUCAAAAUAG